AUAAAACAUUGGGUUGAGUCAGACGCAGGGUUAAAAACCAGGGAAUAAAACUUGAUUUUUUUUUUAGUUUUCGAGAUGGACAGUGAAGGGCCAUACGCGCUUUUAAACGGGCACUUUUAGGCGACCGUAUUACUACGAACAAUUAGCACACUUUUAAACAGGCAUUUUACAGGAGAGCACGGCUCUGGGACAGAAUCUCGCUCUGAGCAUCUCGACUCUUCGACCAAUCAUAUAGCGAGAAUAACCAAACGUCACUGUUAAGGGCGGGGCCUCGAACAGUUCGCAAUCCGCGCUGAUUGCGUACCUAAAUAAAUAGAAACACCGGCGUCAUUCCAACGUAGGUCAUUGUCGCGUCAAGGUGCAGACAUGUUUUAUGUACACAAACCUGUAAUAGGUCGUUUUCAUUUUUUUCGGUCGGAGCGUCACCAUCCAUACCGACCGCACCGCAGUGAGAGGAGCGAGCGCUCACAGACAGACUGCUGCUCGGUUCGCAUCAGUUGGGGUCGCAAGCGGGAUGAACCGCAAACACCUCAACAACCCUACUACAAAGAUGGUUUUACGCCUUCCUGCUCCAACUGGGAAGAUGACGAAGGCGGUUUAGCCAGUUCCCGGCAUUCCCAUUGGGAGUCUCCUUCCCCUGCUCCUUUCAAGAGAGAAUUGGACCACUCAGAACGGAGUUGGCACAUGGGCCGAGAAAGCCAGAGAGGACACAGAUCAGUGAAAAACAACUAUGCUGCUGACACACCCUUGCCCACCCCGUCGUACAAGUACAACGAUUGGGCCAAUGACAGAAAACAUUUCCAUUCCACACCUCGUUUGUCACAAGGAAAAGGUAAAAAAGAGGGCGGGACUGGAAUUACAUUCGACAAUGAGGACGAGAAAGAGCAGUGGCAAGAAGAUCAGAAGCAAGUCGACAGAGACUGGUACAUGAUGGACGAAGGCUAUGAUGAGUUCCACAACCCCUUUACUUCCACAUCUGAAGAUUAUGUCAAGAAGAGAGAGCAAAUUCUUAAGAAGCAAACUCAGAAACGAAUAUCCGCUCAAAAACAUCAAAUCAACGAGGACAAUGAGCGUUGGGAAACCAACCGUAUGUUGACUAGCGGCGUGGUGCAGAGGUUGGAGGUGGACUUUGAGGAGGACAAUAUGUCAAAGGUUCACCUGCUGGUUCACAAUUUGGUUCCUCCUUUCCUGGAUGGGCGAAUAGUGUUCACUAAACAGCCAGAGCCCAUAAUCCCUGUGAAAGACGCCACAUCUGACAUGGCCAUCAUCUCCCGCAAGGGCAGUCAACUGGUUCGUAAGCAUCAGGAACAGAAAGAACGCAAAAAGGCACAGCACAAACAUUGGGAACUGGCAGGCACAAAGCUGGGGGACAUCAUGGGCAUCCAAAAGAAAGAAGACAAUGCUUUUGGAAGACAAAAGGUUGGCAAAGAUGGCAAAGUAGACUACAAAGCAGAGCAGAAGUUUGCGGAUCAAAUGAAAGAGAAGAGCGAGGCCAGCAGUGAGUUUGCCAAAAAGAAAAGCAUUUUGGAGCAAAGACAGUACCUGCCAAUUUUUGCUGUGAGGCAGCAACUUCUUAAUGUCAUCAGGGACAACAAUAUCGUGAUUGUUGUCGGGGAAACGGGCAGCGGAAAAACCACGCAGCUGACCCAGUACCUUCACGAGGACGGCUACACCAGCUAUGGCACGGUGGCGUGUACACAGCCGCGCAGAGUGGCCGCUAUGAGUGUUGCCAAGAGAGUCAGCGAGGAAAUGGGCACCAACCUAGGAGAAGAGGUUGGCUACGCAAUUCGUUUUGAGGACUGCACGUGUGAGAAAACAAUGAUCAAGUAUAUGACGGACGGCAUCCUGCUCAGGGAGUCACUGAGGGAGUCUGACCUGGACAAUUACAGCGUUAUCAUCAUGGACGAAGCUCACGAGCGUUCGCUGAACACCGACGUACUGUUCGGUCUGCUUCGGGAGAUUGUAUCUCGCCGCAUGGACUUGAAACUCAUUGUUACUUCGGCGACAAUGGACUCGGAAAAAUUUGCCUCAUUUUUCGGCAACGUACCCAUAUUCAACAUUCCGGGAAGAAUAUUUCCAGUGGACAUAAUGUUCACAAAGACUCCUCAGGAGGACUAUGUGGAGGCAGCAGUGAAACAGGCCCUGCAGAUCCACCUCAGCGGGUUGUUUGGGGACAUUCUCAUCUUCAUGCCUGGUCAGGAGGAUAUUGAGGUGACAUCUGAUCAGAUCGUGGAGCAACUGGACGAACUGGAUGAUGCACCUGCUUUGGCUGUACUGCCAAUUUACUCCCAGCUACCAUCUGACCUGCAGGCCAAAAUCUUCCAGAAGGCCCCAGACAGUGUUCGAAAAUGUAUCGUUGCGACAAACAUAGCAGAGACGUCCCUCACUGUGGAUGGUAUCAUGUUUGUUGUGGACGCUGGAUAUUGCAAACUCAAGGUGUUCAAUCCUCGUAUCGGAAUGGAUGCUCUUCAAGUGUAUCCUAUAAGCCAAGCGAAUGCGAACCAGCGUGCUGGUAGGGCAGGUCGUACAGGUCCAGGGCAGUGUUACAGGCUGUACACUCAUAGUGCCUAUAAGAAUGAGAUGCUGACCACCACCGUGCCAGAGAUUCAGAGGACCAACCUGGCCAAUGUGGUACUGCUGUUAAAGUCGCUGGGUGUUCAGGAUUUGCUGCAUUUCCACUUCAUGGAUCCGCCGCCCGAGGACAACAUGCUCAACUCCAUGUACCAACUUUGGAUCCUGGGAGCGCUGGAUAAUACUGGUUCUCUUACACCGACCGGCCGCAUGAUGGUGGAGUUUCCCCUCGACCCGGCAUUGUCCAAGAUGCUGAUUGUGUCCUGCGACAUGGGCUGCAGCGCUGACAUCCUCAUCAUCGUUUCCAUGCUCUCUGUGCCGGCCAUAUUUUACAGACCUAAGGGCCGUGAGGAAGAGAGCGACCAGGUCAGGGAGAAGUUCUCGGUUCCUGAGAGUGACCACCUGACGUACCUUAACGUCUACACGCAGUGGAAAAAGAACAAUUAUUCCAGCAUUUGGUGCAACAAUCACUUCAUUCACACCAAAGCUAUGCGCAAGGUGCGUGAGGUACACUCCCAAUUGAAAGAAAUCAUGGUGCAGCAGAGGAUGAACUUGAUGUCGUGUGGAUCAGACUGGGAUGUCAUCAGAAAGUGCAUCUGCGCCGCUUACUUCCACCAGGCUGCCAAACUCAAGGGCAUUGGUGAAUACGUGAAUGUGAGGACAGGUACGCCGUGUCACCUUCACCCUACCAGCUCCCUCUUCGGUAUGGGCUAUACCCCCGACUACAUCGUCUACCACGAGCUUGUCAUGACUACUAAGGAAUACAUGCAGUGUGUAACAGCAGCGGAUGGCGAGUGGCUGGCAGAAUUGGGGCCCAUGUUCUACAGCAUCAAGCAUGCUGGGAGAAGCAGACAGGAUCACCUUCGACGGGCCAAGGAAGAAAUGGACAGGAUGGAAGAAGAGAUGACUUUGGCUGAGCAGCAGCUACGAAGCCGUCUUGAGGAGAACGAGAGGAAGAAAGCUGGCAACGUGAGGUCGUUGAGAAUCUGCACGCCGGGGAGACGUGACGAGGCCUACAAGACACCCCGACUCACCCCUUCCUGAUUUGGACUGUAAUGGCGGAGUCAUAUUGAAAAGUGCCAGCACCUGCAGUUAAUGGACAGACCAUGAGGAAUAACUGAAGGGCCAUCAAAAUAUCCUCUGACGUCUAUUUUUUUGUACCUUCAAUAAAAAAAAUGCCACGUCCAUUGAAAUGUCUCCAUUUAUAAGAACUCAUUUCGUAUCCUGGAUUGAUUUCAUCAGGAAAUACUUAACUCGUGCUAAAAGUGCUCACACAGUCACAAGUAAAGUUACCUUUGCUUCCAUUUUUUUUUUUUUUAAGCUAU